AUGUCACAAACCACCCUCCCGGGCUCAGACAUCAAGCCAUGGAUACGCCCUGCACCACAGGGAUACAAAUUCAUCAAUGCCAACAUCGUCGAUGUCGAAACAGGCACAAUCAAAGCAAACACAACCCUCAUCACCACUGAGGGCAAAAUCACCUACAUCGGCUCAGAAUCAUCCAUCCCAGCUUCACCAAUCAGCCUCAAAACGGUAGACUGCCAAGAGAAAUAUCUCUGCCCCGGUCUAUUCGAUGCCCACGUACAUUUAUGCGCAGUUCCGGGCUAUAGUGACUUAUCCAAAGCCUUCGGCAAUCCGAAUGACGUACACCUUUUGCGCCAGCCUUACACAGCCUCGCAGAUGCUGCAUCGCGGCUUCACCAGCAUCCGCGACUGUGGCGGUGCCCAGCUCGCCUUGAAGGAGGCAAUUGAAGACGGUGUCUUCCCUGGCCCGCGCGUUUUUAUCGCAGGCCAUGCUCUCUCGCAAUUUGGUGGACAUGGUGAUCUGCGCGGCCCGCAUGAGGCUACGGAAUGCUGCGGCGGCACUCACGACAAUAACCACCUAGGCCGCAUGUGCAACGGUGUGCCGGAGUGUAUUGCUGCUGUCCGUGAGGAGAUUCGACGCGGCGCCGACUUUAUCAAGAUUAUGGGCUCCGGUGGUGUGGCUUCGCCAACGGAUAAGCUAGAGCAUCUGCAGUUUACAGUGGCGGAGAUUCAGGCGAUGGUGGAAUGUGCUGAUAAUGCCGGGACUUUUGUCACGGCCCAUGCCUAUACUGUGAAGGCUAUCCGGCAUUGUAUCGAUAAUGGUGUCCGUGGUAUUGAGCACGGGAACUUCGUUGAUGCACCCACUGCCAAGCUCAUGGCCGAGAAGGGGGUCUACUUGACGCCUACGCUUAUCGCAUAUGCUCAGAUGGCUUCUGAGCGGUGGAAGAACUACCUGCCUAUUGAGUCCCAGACAAAGAAUUCGAUCGUGUUAAAGUCUGGUCUUGAGGCUUUGAGGGUUGCCUCGGAGGCUGGUGUGACUAUGUGCUAUGGCUCUGAUUUGCUGGGUCCACUGGGCUCUGCGCAGACCCAUGAAUUUGCACUGCGCUCGCAGGUCUUAUCAGCACUGGAGAUCUUGCGUAGUGCUACUGUGAACCCAGCGAAGAUGAUGGGAUGCGCGGAUGAGCUGGGUCAAAUCAAGGAGGGCUUCCAUGCUGACGUUGUGAUUCUAAAUAAGAACCCGCUUGAUGAUGUGACCGUCUUUGAUAAGCCUGAUGCACAUGUGCUUGGUGUGAUGAAGGAUGGUCGUGUCUAUAAGAGUAGGUGGGAUGCAUUGCUGGAGGAUGGUCAGAUUCCAGUGAGAGUACAAUGA